UAACAAGCAUCUCGGCAUACUGCCUAUGACUGCAUAAUAAACAUUAAAGGUAACGAAAAGCUCUGUUUUCCAUCCAGAAGCCUGACUUCGUUCUACCGACGGGCCGUGGAAAUGCCCCCCAUGGCGUCCCCAGAGACUCCCUUCAAGAUAUCCAUCCCAGAUGACAAGCUCAAGCUCCUCCAACAAAGACUUGCUCUGGUUACAUUCCCAGACGAGCUUGAAGACUCUGGAACGAAGUACGGCGCGCCGUUGAAGGAUAUUAAGCGAUUGGUGGCUCGGUGGAAAGACGGCUUUGACUGGCGGGCUCAAGAAGCUGCUCUCAACGCGGAGCUCCCACAGUUUACUCGUGAUAUCGACAUCGAGGGUUUCGGAGUGUUGAAUAUUCACUAUGUGCAUAAGAAGAGCGAUGUCGAAGGGGCAGUACCGCUGCUCUUCGUUCAUGGAUGGCCGGGAAGUUUCAUCGAAGUGCGCAAGAUUCUCCCUCUUUUGACGGCGUCGUCGCCAAAACAUCCGAGUUUCCAUGUCGUUGCCCUGAGCUUGCCAGGUUACGGAUUUUCUGAAGGGACCAAGAAGCAAGGAUUCAAGCUCGCUCAGUACGCUAAGGUCGCCCACAAGCUCAUGCUGGCGCUCGGUUACAACGAAUAUGUUACUCAAGGUGGAGAUUGGGGAAGCUUCAUCACUCGAAAAAUCGCUCUUGUCUAUGGUGGCAAGCAUAGCAAAGCCUGGCAUACCAAUAUGCCUGUAGGCCGUGCUCCAACUCUUUAUGAGCCCAUACUGUACCUUCGCCACCUCUUGACGCCGUACACGGCUGCUGAGAAAGCCGGGAUGGCGCAGUCUCAGUGGUUCAACACUAAAGGAUCAGGCUACUUUGCAGAACAGUCUACUCAGCCCCAAACACUAGGAUAUUCGCUAGCUGAUUCUCCGGUCGGUCUCCUUGCAUGGAUUUAUGAGAAAUUGGUGAACUGGACGGAUGCUUACCCUUGGGAUGAUGAUGAAGUCUUGGCCUGGAUAUCCAUUUACUUGUUCUCGAGAUCAGGUUCUACAGCGUCCAUACGUAUAUAUUACGAGGUUGUUUCAUCUGACAUGGGCGUCUUGGGAGAAAAACCGUCCAUUCCACAAGGUUUAUCAUAUUUUCCCAAGGACCUUAUCUCCGUGCCUCGUCUCUGGACUCGUACCGUUGGCAAUGUCGUCUUUGAAUCCGAGCAUACCGGUGGUGGGCAUUUUGCGGCGCAUGAAAAGCCUCAAGAGCUGGUGGAUGACGUGAGGAAGAUGUUUGGGAAGGGAGGGCCUGCGUUUGGGGUCGUUCCCGGGAAGACUGGGUAUAGGUGAAGGGUGCGCCGGGAGAGUUAUGUUUGAUACUCAGCGGUUGAUGAGUAUUCCAAAUCGUAAAGUCAGGCUGAUAGGAUGAAGUUGAAGGUUCGUGUAAAUAUUGGACUACAACAGUACGUCUUGGAAACUAUCCAUCCAACUGCUCGCAUUGCAAGUCUAGCUAGUUAUGAGUGCGAAGUUGUGAGCCCAUCAGGGAAACUUCAAUUCGAUUUCUAAAUCAUUG